CUUCAGAUGUUAUUGCGAGUAAAUGAGGAAUAAACGAGUAUAAUAGUACCAAUGAUAAAAGUACCAAUGAUAUCGACAAUAUUCUUUUGUUUCUUUUAUUAAAUAUUUUUUUAUUACAGUAACAAUGUGGCACAUGAUAUUUGCCAGUUUGAUUGUCAUGCUCCAUUUCGUCCCACCCUGAUUUCCCAUCAGCUGCACCAUUUCAGAAUCAUGUGAGUCUCAGGCGGGUUUUCUAUGCAGUACUUUGCCAGUCGUGUUGACCAGUAGUUAGAAAGGCUUCCUCUGUGUGGCAAGUCAGUCAGAGGAAGUCCGUGUGAUGGAUCGAGCCACAUGACUCCAACACUGAGGCGUUGGGCCCACUCACAAGCAGCCCAUUGUUGUGUGGCAUCUCGGCGAUUGGCGUUCAGGCUGAUCUGACCACUGCACUGGGUUAAAGCACAGCCCAGCACAGUGGCAUUUACUCAUUGGCUCGUGACUGAACUGUUGGUUCUUCUGCAUAUGGCCUCUAGAAGUUAACUCGCUUUCAGGCUCACUUUUCCAUCUUUUAGAUAGUACACAUAGUAUCUAAUGUUGAAAUAGCAAUACUAUGACAAUAUUUUAUUUCAUCAGAAAUGUGUGGGACGCAGUGCAGAAAAUUUAUUAUUUUUUGGAACUUUAUCUAGUGAGAGAUCGGACUGGACAGUCCAUACCAUUAGGUGGUAAUUGAAGGCAGGUUUUUUUUUUUAAAUUAUUUAACAGAAAUUAGAUUUUAUAUAUUUAAUUUUUUUAUAUUGACAUUUGUUGGUGCAUUAAAUCCUCAGCUCCUGAGCUGAAUAUUCUUCUGAUGCAAUAGGAUACAGUAGUGUCUCAAUAAUAUACACAAGUAUAUGUGUCUUAGGUUUCAAUUUUCAAUCGAUUAAACAUUUUCCAUUAAUUAAAACAUGGUUAUGUUUUCUUUUUUUAUAGCUUUCACUAAACUGUCAGUAGCAUAGCUACAGAUCUCCCUGCCCUACAAUCCAGACUUUGCUUCCUUAAUGUAUUUAAUCAAAUCUGAUCAAACAAAAAUAAAGAAAUCAGUGCUACUUCUGUUCCCUCCUUCAAUCUUGAAUAGUACUCAGUAUUUUAUUCCUGGCUUCCUGUUGCUCAUUUCAGGCCCUGCUGUACUCGCGUUUCAUUAAUAUACGUUAUAAAGGAGGAGAUGCCCGGGUUGCGUAACACCUGAGCGGAUUAUACAACAUCAUUAGAAAAGCACCAGAAAGAACGAUUGGUUCCUGGACUGGCUUACUCAUCAGAGCUGUAUCUCGCACGGUCUAGCCUCUGAUCAGAAAACAGUGCAGGCUGGUUUGGCUUGUACUGGAUUGAUUAAACUGUUUAUCUCAGUAGUGACAUGGGUAAUCCUAUGUAGCAUAAUUUUCCACCAUUAUGUCAUCAAGCCCCAAAUCCCAAAUGUUGUAAACCUACUGGGUUACAACAGAGCAGCAAGAGUGACAGCAUUCUGUAGAGGAAACGGUCUGUAAAAACACCUUGUUAGAGGCAAGAGGUGGGACAAGUAUGAAGUCUGCUGAACAGUGAGAACCACACUAAUAAGAAGUAUCAGGAUGAUUGUAGCAGUGACUGCCACAAACAUCAUGAUGGGAUACUACUGGAGCUACACUAUUAGUUAAAUAUUACUCAUGUUUAUUUUGGCUUAGAGUUGAGAUCAUGAGUCUUACAUUUACUGCAUUUGGCAGAAGCCCUUAUCCAGAGUGACUUUCAUUUAUACAACUGAGCAUUUGAGGGUUAAGUGGAAGCUUGGCAGUGUUGGUAUUUGAACUGACGACCUUCUGAUCAGUAGUCCAACGUCUUAACCACUGAGCCUAUAUAUAAUUAUGUAAUACUAUAGCUAGGACAUUUGCGAUAACAAUUUUAAUAAGAUUUUUCUGUGCAGCGCUACACAAAUGAAAACCACUAGUUCAGUAUCUCUAGACAUUGUAGUGCUACAGGUUAACCAUUAUCUCAAUACCCUGUGUAAUAUACAGUUCAGUCAGGACCGAUUAUUUUAGGACCUUCAAUCCAGGCAGUCAUGUUGUUUGGAAUAACCCAGAGCCCUGUUAUGUUUUCUUUUGAGAGUACUCUGAGCUUUACCAGGCCCUUUUGUAAGGCUUCCCAUUGUCUCGCUCUGCUCCAGCCAUGUGCACCUUUCAUUCCACCACUUUGUCUUUGGUGGAAUUUAAAGGAGAAAGCGGAACGACACUGCAUCGUUUUCCACCACCCACCAAUCACAGCGCAGCCCCCUUGUUGCCAAGGAAACUGCACAGUUGGAGGUAGUGCCUUAUGGGUAAAAAUUCCUCCCUCUCUUUCUCUCACUGGAAAGCUAUAGAUUUGUUUGUGCAAGAGCAGCGGCUAUAAAAAGAGACCUUUAGACCCAACGUCGUAUCUCAAUGUCUGAAUGUGAGGUAACAGGUCGAGGUUUCUUCUUCAGUCUAAACUAACAAGGACUCACAAUCUCUGUUCAUCAUGGAGCGUGAAAAGCGCCCAAGCCUUUUGGAGAGAGCCGAUGCUGUGGAGGGAGAAGACGUGGUGAGCUACCCAGUGGAGAGCGGGACUCUCCUCAUGAAAGCCAAGAAGGAGAAGAUGGUGAAAAAGAAGCUGGAACAAAAGAAAGCCUUCAGUCUGGAGGAAGCUCAGCUCGAGAUGGAGCAGCAGAGCAAGUGCCAGAGCAGGCCGGCCCUGCCCAGGUCUCAGACAAUCGGAGGACCUUUGGAAAGGAACGACAGCAUGAACUCAAGAAGUAGCUUCAUGAAGCACAACAAAACUUUCCACAAACUCUUUCCAGACAUCCCUGAGAGCGAAGACUUAUUACACGCCUACAUCUGUGCUCUGCAGAGAGAGGUACCAUACCAUGGUCGUCUCUAUAUCACAGAAAACAACGUGUGCUUUCACUCCUCUGUGCUUCUCAAGGCCACCAAGGUGGUGAUCCCCGUGUCUAAUAUCACUGUGCUGAAGAAGCAGAACACAGCGCUGCUGGUGCCAAACGCUCUGUCCAUCCGCAGCAACCUGGGAGAAAAGUAUUUGUUCGUGUCUCUGCGGAACCGCGAAGGCUGCUACAGGCUGCUGCGCGCUGUUUGCUUACAUCUGGAGGAUGGCAGCCCCAACAGCAGCCCUCUUUUCUCGUCCGCCGAGAACAGCUUCGAUCAGGGCAAACUGGUGAAUUCAAGCCAGUCGAGCCUGACUGAUGCCUGCGAGGAGCUUGAUGGAACAGUUUCUGGACUCUUACUGCAACCUUCUCCUACUAUACUUCACGGAGCCCCAAUCUCGAAUGGAAGUCCUUCAAAUUUAAGAAGUCCUCGCAGAGAUGAUGAGAGUCCGACAGAGGAGCACACAGGGGGCUCAUGGAUCUGGAGUGUGACUGACGGAGCCAGAUCACUGCUCAUCCAGAGAGGAGCCACCAACUUCAACACCCUGCUGCUCAUUUACUUAAUGCUGGUGGUGCUGCUUGUGUUGUCCUCUGGGUAUAUCGGCCUGCGUAUUGUGGCUCUGGAGGAACAGCUGACCACUCUAGGAGCCUUGCCUGAAUUCACCCUACACAGCGGGUACGAUGCACUCAGACCCUGUUCUCUGGGGUAUAAGACACACCUAGGUCUUAUCUCAAAGGUACAAGGACACAUAAACAUGCCGGUGAAAGGAGAGACUUAUUUAUCUGAUGACCGUGAGGAGGAUUGACGGUUUCUGAUGGUGUCUGUCCAUAUUUCAGCAUUUCUCAGACCCCAGUAGAGCCAAAGUGCUGUGAGUAUUAUUCACUCUCAGCAAGAAGAAAACCAAAGCGCUCUGUGACUCCGCAUCCUACCAGGAGUCUUGUGACGUUUUUCCUCCCGACGAACCAAAGACUCUGCUCUGAGCCGGACGGCAGGGCGGCGCUCUAACGACAGCGAAAACAGAAACCAAGCAGUUUCCAAAGAAUGGCUGUCUGCUAGUGUAACCCGUUUACACUUUGUUUCAGGCUUUUCCUCCUUUUCCUCUCAACUUGAUUGAUGAUUGAGGCUCUCAUCCUUUCUGUUCAAGCUCCUCUAGUGAAGAUGAUUUUUCUCUCUUUCGAAUCACCAGGUGGCAGUAUUCUACCUUGCUUUGGCAUGAUUCAGAAAUUCAUGAACAUUUCUUGCUCAGUGGCCUAUCUUUUCCCUUCUCUGUUUUUUUUUCUCUCCGUAAUUUAUGGAUGUAUGCAUCUUCUAUGCACAAAAUCUCCCGAUCAGGUAUUUUUAGCCUCUUUUGUUUGUCUGUCUGUUUUGUACUUUGGUAGAACAAAGUAGUCGAUGGCCGUUUCUAAUCAGAUGAACUGUUAAAAAGAUCUAGAGGCACUGUGCAGCCCAGACGGGAAGUUUUUGAGAUUCACCACACAAAAAGACUCUGAGCGAAACUGCCAAAGAAAAAAAGAGAGAGAGACACAUACUUGUCACAUUUCAAAACCUGACAAACCUUUGACAAGGUCCAAUAUAUGCAUGGUUGGUGUGAGUGUACAUACGAUUGUAGAAUAAGAGACUUGAAGUGAAUCAGUGCACUUUAAUGUGUGUGGAUAGUACACAGGCAUCAAACUGUACAACGAGGAAGUCUGCUAUCAUCAUCCGGAUCUGGAGUAAUAUUCCGGCAUUAUGCUUCAUUCCACCUGCACAUACUUGUGCUUUACUGUGUGUCAGGGUGUCCACAGGUAUACACUUUUACAUUCUAGUUACAAUGUUUCAGACAACUGUUAUAUAUAUAUAGAAAAUAUUAAAACAUUUGCACAUAAGGAACAUACUUGAAUUAUAUGUAUUUUGCGUUAAGAAAAAGACUAAACGUGUUAGUGCGUUUAAAGCUUUAAUAUGCUAUUUUUUUGUUCUCUAUAUUCGGACAGAUGUUUUAAGCGGCAAGAAUGAAAAUUAUUGAAUUUCCAUUUCCCCAAAUCCUAGCCCAAUAGUAGGAAGCUAACACUGACCUUGAUUUAACACACUCGUCUGGUACAAGUGACCCUGGUAUUAUCCAGUAUCAAAUAUUUUCAAAACCGAUUCACAUGAGAAAACUAAGUCAAUCAUGCCCGAUUUGGAAUAGCCUAAGCUCUUGGACAUAUUAGACUUUGGCCUUGGAUUUGUACUAUAAGUAGUCUCAGAUGUGUGGACACUCUGGUGCACUUUGUCUUUCAAUCUCUAGCCACUAAAGGGGGGUAGAUUUGAGCUCAUCUCUGGUUGACAGGUUUACAUUUUACAGUUGACCUGUAAAAUGUUGGCGAGUUCACACCAGCCAGAGCAACUUGAAUAUCAUCAUGCAGAUAUGGUUGUUACGGCGUCAUUUUGUAGACUAGUUUAUCAUAAGCUCGCUACACUGCUUAAUGUCAGCCGUGCAUCCUGUGGAAGUCCACAAGCAAAGGUCAGCCAUCUUGCACACAGAUAACGGUGCGUGUAGCUGAAACGGAGUACAAUGCCGGCUCCAGAUGGUGCUAAAGAGUCUUUUACUCAGGGCUUCUCGCACUCAGCGCCCUGUUUCUUGCAAUCCCUUACAGUGUACAUCUGCGCGUUCGCAGCUCAGCUCAUAAAGAAUUAGCUAAUAAUUUAAGUAAAGUGUGUUAUAGCAUGGAAAGAACAUGUUGACUUCAUCUCUGGGAUUUCCUCUCCAACCUCUCUCAUCUGCUGUUCCUUUAUCAGAGUAGCACAACGCUAACUCCAGUUGUGUUGAUUACUAAUUACAAUGUCUGUGUAACACCAGGAUGGUCUGUUUCUAUUUAUUUAAAAUCUAUCUAUCUAUACCCCCAAUACAAGGUGCAUGUUGAUCAUCCCGCUGGGGUAUUUCAGGCUCCAAUCAGUUCAUUAUGAUUUCCUGACUGGAUCAUUUUAUUUUCAUCUAGUAACAAGGAAAGAAGUGUUGCACAGAGACUAAAGGUAUUGUACUUGACUCACUCUGAGCUCUAAUUCACUUUCAAUAACAACAAUGCAGGAAUUCAAUGAGUGUAUCAUUUCUGUGUGCACUAUUGAAGGGCAUGUAAAUAUUAUUUUGUAUUGAUUUGUCUUUAAACGAGUCCCCACUGAUUUAUUUAUUGCGUUUUCUGUAAGGCAAAGUGAUCUCUGUGAGACCGGCUUUGAUAUUUGAAUAAAUCAAAAGAUAAGUGCA